UGAACGGUCAGAUACUAUAAAAGGCAAUUUACCAAUUUAAGUGAGAAAUAGAAAAGCAAGCAAACCAACUUUUUUUUUUCUUUUCUUUUCUUUCUUUCUUACUUGACCUCGUUUUGCCCCUCAUGGCCUAUGAAAGCCAACCUUUAGAACAGUAUGGUGAAUGGACAAUGGAAAGAGUUUUGCGUUGGCUUGAUAGUAAUAGCUUCCAAUCUGUCAUGGAAGUGUUUCAAGCAAAGCAUAUCUGUGGAAAAGCAUUUUUAGAAAUUGACAUGUCGUUCUUAAUGUCUUUACAGAAUGAACUCAUGUUGUCUUAUACUGAAAAACGUCGACUUGCACACGCAAUCAAAGCUUUAAAAGCAACAGAAGACAAUCAUUAUACACGUACCCGUCCAUCCAAUCGAUAUCAGUCACCUUCCGAUACACCUGUUCCACUUAUACCUGAACGCACCUCAUCAAACAAUGAGCAAGUGUUGGAUUGGAUGAAGUCUUUUAAUAUACCAAAACGGACAUUGGUGACGAAUGCAAGAAACAUGAAUCGAUAUCCUGUCCAGACUGUUCGACAUAGCGCCAAUCAUCCUCGAGUGACAGAACAAGAAGGUGCAUGGAAAUUUGUCAGAAGAAGACCACCCACUCUCUUGGAUCAUCCAGUACCAUUACCUCCACAAGCACCUCAACAGAGUAUUCAUGUCACAAGGGAUUCUGAUACAUUUCAUAGUCUACAAGUAUCUGGGAUGCAUGAUCCUCGUUUGAUCAAGAAUGCUAUACUCAGAAAAUUAGGCUUGGAAGGAAGUUGUGAACGAUACUUGUUUUAUCAUGAAAACGGAAAGCAAUCAGAAACACCAUUGACAGACAGUGAAUUAUCUCAUUUAUGUCAAAUAUCAGAUCACACUUCAACCAACCGUAUCCUGGUUAAACCCAAGGCAGAGAAACCGUUAGAAAGAUAUCGAUCUUAUACACAGGAUGGGACUAUAUGUUAUGACUUUGCUAUGCCCACCACAAGGCAAGUAAAUGAAUGCAACAACAUAAGCCAAAUAACUUCCAAUAGGCAUUAUUACAACGAGAGAUCCAUGAGCAACAAUGAUUAUGAUUUAAAUGUCAAUCGAUCUCGCUAUGAACCUAGCAUGAUUUCACCCAUAAAUGGCAAUAACCAAUUUAGCGUGUCACAUUCACCACUUGAAGAGACCAACGAAUCAUGGCAUCAAGACAAAAUAUCUUUAUGGGCAGUCAAACCAUCCAAGAGCGAGACAACAAAGGAAACAUCACUCUGGGCUGUUCCUCCACAAUCACAACCACAACCAUCCACAUCUAAGAGUGAUACACUAAAAGAACCACCUUCUUUGUGGGCAGUGCCACCCUCGAAUGAACCAGUGAAAGAGCCACCUUCUUUGUGGGCAGUGCCACCCUCGAAUGAGCCUGUCAAAGAGUCACCCUCUUUAUGGGCAGUGCCACCCUCGAAUGAACCAGUGAAAGAGCCACCCUCUUUAUGGGCAGUUCCUCCUCAACCUGCGCUUUCAAAGAGCGAAACAACAACAACAACAACAACAAAAGAAUCUCCUUCAUUAUGGGCUAUAGUACCUCGUUCAGAACCCGCGAAAGAACCUUCACUUUGGGCAGUUGCUCCUCAACCCACCAUUUCCAAAAGUGAAACGACGCAUGAUUCCCCUUCACUAUGGGCAGUCCACCCACAACCCACUAAAAGUGACUCUGUGAAAAAAGACACACAAGGUUUAUGGGCAAUUCCACCACCUACUACACCUCAGUUUGGAUCCGAGAAUUUAAACUUACAUCCCAGUAUCAAGAAGACACGCGGUGUUCAAUUUGCAGAUGAAGACAAUGAGAGUGUGGCAAGUGCGCCUGCGAUAGAAGAAGGGGUUGAAUCCAUCAAUUUAUCUGAUCCACCCAAUAUGCACCAUACGCACUCAGCUCAGCAAUUAUCCAUUGAUACGUCUGUAGAGGAUCGCACAACGCCUCUCUCUUCUCCUUCUGGCAUGACAAGUGAUGAAGAAAACUGGGCUGAACGUCCUACAGUCGAACGUCUUUAUCGCAACAUUGAUAAGUAUUUACCUGGUCAUGAUCUAGACAAAGAAAUCAUUGUGGAUUCAACACAGCCUAAUCCUACACCCACUGUCAUGACAACACCCGGUGUGGAUGGUGCUACCAUGGUGACUGCUUUACCCCCAGGUCGCCGUUUGGGUGGCCACAAGAAAUCAAUCCGUCAUGUAGCCAAUGAAGCCCAUCGCAAUUGGCGUAAUGCAGUCAAUGUGAUCCGUGCCAAUAAUAAUCUGAUGCGCCGACGUAGCACGAAAAUGUGGCAUCGUGCAGUGGAACAAGUCAAGCCAGGCAUGAAGCUCCAGACAGACAGUAAGCCCAAGUCGCGUAAAUUACAAUGGAUUCGUGGUGAAUUGAUUGGCAAGGGAUCCUUUGGUCGAGUCUAUCAUGCACUGAAUGUGGAAGCAGGUGAAUGGAUUGCUGUCAAACAAGUUGAUUUGCCUUCUACAAAAGCUGAUUAUGCUAACCCACAAAUGAGAGAAAUGAAAGAUGCCUUGUUUCGAGAAAUUUCUUUGUUGGAGGAUUUGGAUAAUGAAUAUAUUGUUCAAUACUUGGGUUAUGAUAUGGAUGAAGAAGAAGGUCAUAUCAAUAUCUUUUUAGAAUAUGUGCCUGGUGGUAGUAUUGCUUCUUGUCUUUUAAAGACGGGUAAAUUUGAAGAACCUUUGGUGCGUUUCUUAACACAACAAAUCCUGAUGGGUCUUGCUUAUCUUCAUAACAGAAACAUUCUACAUCGAGAUAUCAAAGCAGGUAAUAUCUUGCUGGACCAACAUGGUGUUUGUAAAAUCACUGAUUUUGGUCUAUCUAAACUCAGUGGACAAGACAAGGCUUAUGAUCCUCAUUCAAACAACUCUGUCAUGAGAGGAACUGUGUUCUGGAUGGCACCUGAAGUAGUGAAAGGCACAAAUUACAAUGCUAAAGUGGAUAUUUGGAGUUUGGGGUGUACUGUGAUUGAGAUGUUGACAGGCAAUCAUCCUUGGCUUGAUUUAAACAUGCUGGCAGCACUCUAUAGUCUUGGUAAAUAUCAAGCACCUCCUAUACCUGAAGAUCUAAGUCAAUAUGCAAAAGAUUUCCUUGCUCAAUGUUUUAUCAUUAAUCCUGAAGAUAGACCUACAGCAGAACAACUCCUUGCUCAUCCAUUUGUUCAACCUGAUCCUUCUUUUGAAUUUAAGAAAUACAUGAAAAAAGCAGAAAUUGAAAGAAGAGCAUCCAAACGGUUACCAGCUAUUUCUGUGGAAUAAUACAUAAUUUAUUAUGAUCUAUAUAAACU